AUGUCCGACUCGCGGUUCGACGGCGACUUUAUGGCCCAGCGACGCCAGAGCAAUGGCAGCAUCGACGACGAUCAGGACUUCUCGCGGCGGAUUUUGCAGGUGAGAAACCCCGAUGGAUCGGUGAUGCAUUAAUGGAGUUUUUAAGUGGCGUUUCGGCUACCCACAGCCCGUGGCAUGUCGGAUCCCUUAGCCCCUGCAUCGCAUUGUGCCCAUGCCGUUCCAUUUUACGACCUGUCAUUUCACCUUUUUGUUACCAUCGUGCAUUUACUUUAUUUAUUUGGUUUCUGCCGUACGCGGCCGCCGCAUGGUUCUAAUCGUGCGGUUGUAUUAUCUGCCCUCAGCGUUGCCUGUCUCUGCCUUGCAUCACACCGGUAUCCUUCUACUAUACUGUCGUUUUUUGACGGUCGGAGGUACAUCGAUGAGCGGUCGAGCGGCCCUGGACAGUCAUGCUCAACUGGGACGGAACUGUAUUUAUCAAAAGGCGUUGAAGUGGAGCUGAGUUCAUUGUUCGACCAUCUCCGACCGCUCGUGAUCUUUUCUUUCCUUGACUUGGUUUUAUUUGUAUGUCAUUUUUUAUACCUUUUUGCUGUUUUAUUCUGAACGAAGGAUAUCCCUUUGGUCAACUUUCACUCUUGUUUUGUGUGUCUUGCUAUCGUGG